AGUUCAGAGGAGAGAGAGGAGAGGGAGGAGAAAGGGGCAGAGGAGAAGGGAGAGAGGGAGAGCACGCAAGACAGGAAGGAGCGACUUAGAGUCUCUGAAGCACGAAAGAGAGAACCGAUUAGGAAUUCUUCAGACAACUGUCACCCUGGAGAGCAGCCAGAGAAUCACCAUCACCCCAACUCUGACAUUUCCUACAAGAAGUUAGAGACUUAAGCAGUAUCGCUAUCGCAUGGAAAUGGUAUGCUUGAUGCUGUGGAAAAUAGUCUUGAGCUGAAGAAGUGCAACUGGAUGUUGUGUGUGUGUUAAAUACCAGAAGAUCCCAGACCCAGUGGGUAAUAGAGACGAAAUGGGGAGAGAAUGACUAACGACAAAUCUGUGAAUUUGUUCUCUGGAGUUGCUAAUUUGCCAGCCCGAAGCAACACAUUUUACAAGAAGGAAACGUUUUGCUGCUUCUAAUUUCUCCCCAAACUGGUGCUACCAGAUGCAUGGCUUUCUAUGUGUUGGAACAAAUCAUUCCUAACUGCAGCAUACCGGGAAAGGGGAAAGGUUGAGGCAACUAACUGGCUGACUCCAAAUAAGCAAUGAGAUGUAAUGCAUCCUCCAGUCCAUGCACGCUUCCUCUUGCAAUUUGUACAUCGUUCCUCAGUGGAUACCUUUAAACCCUAAAAUCCAGGAAAAGAAAAUAAAUACCUUAUCAUGGACCUGAGGGAUUUUUACCUGUUGGCUGCUCUGAUUGCCUGUUUAAGGCUGGAUUCUGCAAUAGCUCAAGAACUUAUUUACACUAUUAGAGAGGAAUUGCCUGAAAAUGUGCCCAUAGGAAACAUACCAAAGGAUCUGAACAUUUCUCACAUCAAUGCUGCCACAGGGACCAGUGCCAGCCUUGUCUACAGACUGGUUUCUAAAGCUGGGGAUGCCCCUUUGGUGAAAGUAUCCAGUAGCACUGGGGAGAUCUUCACAACCUCCAAUAGAAUAGACAGAGAAAAACUCUGUGCUGGAGGCUCAUAUGCUGAGGAGAAUGAGUGUUUCUUUGAACUUGAGGUGGUGAUCCUCCCCAAUGAUUUUUUCAGGCUGAUCAAAAUAAAAAUAAUUGUGAAGGAUACCAAUGACAAUGCCCCCAUGUUUCCAUCUCCUGUCAUCAAUAUUUCCAUUCCAGAAAACACUUUGAUCAACAGCCGCUUUCCAAUUCCAUCAGCAACAGAUCCUGACACAGGCUUCAAUGGUGUGCAGCAUUAUGAACUGUUAAAUGGGCAGAGUGUUUUUGGACUGGAUAUCGUGGAAACGCCGGAGGGAGAGAAGUGGCCGCAAUUAAUUGUUCAGCAAAACUUGGAUAGAGAACAGAAAGAUACCUAUGUGAUGAAAAUCAAAGUAGAGGAUGGAGGUACUCCACAGAAAUCCAGCACGGCCAUACUGCAGGUCACAGUAAGUGAUGUAAAUGACAACAGGCCGGUGUUUAAAGAGGGUCAAGUGGAGGUGCAUAUUCCAGAGAAUGCUCCCGUAGGCACCUCUGUGAUUCAGCUCCAUGCCACUGAUGCGGAUGUAGGCAGUAAUGCAGAAAUCCAGUACAUUUUUGGUGCCCAGGUUGCCCCUGCAACCAAACGACUCUUUGCUUUAAAUAAUACUACCGGGUUGAUCACAGUUCAGAGGUCCUUAGAUCGAGAGGAGACAGCCAUUCACAAAGUGACAGUGCUGGCUAGUGAUGGCAGCUCCACACCUGCUCGAGCAACGGUUACCAUCAAUGUCACUGAUGUAAAUGAUAACCCUCCCAACAUAGACCUCAGGUACAUUAUAAGUCCCAUCAACGGCACAGUGUACUUAUCUGAGAAAGAUCCUGUCAAUACAAAGAUUGCCCUAAUUACAGUUUCAGAUAAGGACACAGAUGUGAAUGGCAAAGUGAUCUGUUUCAUUGAAAGAGAGGUCCCGUUUCAUCUAAAGGCAGUUUACGACAACCAGUAUUUGUUAGAGACCUCUUCGUUGUUGGACUAUGAGGGCACCAAAGAAUUCAGCUUUAAAAUUGUUGCCUCUGAUUCUGGGAAGCCCAGUUUAAAUCAGACUGCCCUGGUAAGGGUUAAGCUUGAGGACGAAAAUGACAACCCACCAGUUUUCAACCAGCCUGUAAUUGAGCUGUCAGUUUCUGAAAACAACCGACGUGGGUUAUACUUAACAACUAUUAGUGCCACAGAUGAAGACAGUGGGAAAAAUGCAGACAUUGUUUACCAGCUUGGACCGAAUGCCUCCUUCUUUGAUCUGGACCGAAAGACAGGAGUUUUGACAGCCUCCAGAGUCUUUGACAGAGAAGAACAAGAACGCUUCAUUUUUACAGUAACUGCCAGGGACAAUGGGACCCCUCCCCUCCAAAGCCAAGCAGCUGUGAUAGUGACUGUUCUGGAUGAGAAUGACAAUAGCCCCAAGUUUACUCAUAAUCAUUUUCAAUUUUUUGUGUCUGAGAAUCUGCCAAAGUAUAGUACUGUGGGGGUAAUCACAGUGACAGAUGCAGAUGCUGGGGAAAAUAAAGCCGUGACUCUUUCCAUUCUAAAUGACAAUGAGAAUUUUGUGUUGGAUCCCUUCUCUGGAGUCAUAAAGUCAAAUGUUUCAUUUGACAGAGAGCAGCAGAGCUCCUACACUUUUGAUGUCAAAGCCACAGAUGGAGGACAACCACCCCGUUCCUCCACUGCCAAAGUAACUAUCAAUGUCAUGGAUGUCAAUGACAAUAGCCCCGUUGUCAUUUCUCCACCGUCUAACACUUCCUUUAAGUUGGUGCCCCUCUCAGCCAUUCCUGGCUCCGUGGUAGCAGAAGUUUUUGCAGUGGAUAUUGACACAGGAAUGAACGCUGAACUUAAGUAUACGAUUGUGAGUGGGAACAACAAAGGUUUGUUUCGGAUCGAUCCAGUAACAGGUAACAUUACUCUGGAAGAAAAACCAGCAUCUACUGAUGUGGGCUUGCACCGUUUGGUGGUCAACAUAAGUGACCUGGGGUAUCCAAAGUCUUUGCACACACUCGUGCUGGUUUUUCUGUAUGUGAAUGACACUGCUGGCAAUGCCUCCUACAUCUAUGACUUGAUCCGCAGGACUAUGGAGACCCCCUUGGACAGGAACAUAGGGGAUAGCAGCCAACCGUAUCAAAACGAGGACUAUCUCACCAUCAUGAUCGCCAUCGUGGCAGGCGCCAUGGUGGUCAUCGUUGUGAUCUUCAUCACCGUUCUGGUGCGCUGUCGCCAUGCAUCCAGGUUCAAAGCAGCUCAGAGAAGCAAGCAAGGCGCCGAGUGGAUGUCCCCAAACCAGGAGAACAAACAACACAAGAAAAAGAAAAGGAAGAAAAGAAAGUCUCCCAAGAGCUCUCUUUUGAACUUUGUCACUAUCGAAGAGUCCAAGCCGGAUGAUGCAGUUCACGAACCUAUCAAUGGGACAAUAAGCCUGCCAGCUGAGCUGGAGGAGCAAAGCAUAGGAAGAUAUGACUGGGGUCCUGCCCCUCCGACAACCUUCAAGCCUAACAGCCCUGACCUGGCCAAGCACUACAAAUCUGCCUCUCCACAGCCUGCUUUUCAUCUCAAACCAGACACUCCAGUUUCCGUGAAAAAGCAUCAUGUGAUUCAGGAACUCCCUUUGGACAACACCUUUGUCGGGGGUUGUGACACGCUUUCCAAACGCUCUUCCACUAGUUCAGACCACUUCAGUGCCUCAGAGUGCAGUUCCCAAGGAGGCUUCAAGACAAAGGGCCCCUUACACACCAGACAGCCACAGGACGAAUUCUAUGACCAGGUCUCUCCGGACAAGAGGACCGAAGCAGAUGGAAACUCUGACCCCAACUCUGAUGGGCCUCUGGGUCCCCGAGGAUUAGCUGAAGCUACAGAGAUGUGCACUCAAGAGUGCUUGGUUUUGGGUCACUCUGAUAAUUGUUGGAUGCCUCCUGGCUUGGGCCCAUAUCAACACCCUAAAUCUCCUCUCUCAACCUUUGCACCCCAGAAAGAAUGGGUCAAGAAGGACAAGCUAGUGAAUGGGCACACUCUGACUAGAGCCUGGAAAGAAGACAGCAACAAGAACCAGUUCAAUGACCGUAAGCAGUAUGGUUCCAAUGAAGGCCAUUUCAACAAUGGCAGCCACAUGACAGACAUUCCUCUGGCAAAUCUGAAGUCUUAUAAGCAAUCAGGAGGCGCAAUUGAGAGUCCUAAAGAGCACCAACUCUAAGGAAAGGCUAUAUAGGACUUAAUGACCUUAAUCUAAAUAGACAUGCUAAUACCUUGUGUGUCAGAGCUUUAUGUAUUCAAUAGAUCUCUACAGCUAUGCCCCUUAAAGCAGGGAUAUGCAUAACUUUGUUUUAGCACCAUGGAGGAUACAAUGAUUUGCAACAUAAGAGAGAAAAUAGUUCUAGUAGCCAUGUGGUCUUGUUUACUGGAAUUGAUUAAACUCUCCAGAGAUCUCUCCAUUGUGCAAAUAUCCUUUUUUUUUUUCUUAAUUGCAUUUUGUUUUUGACCCUGGACUGCUGCUAUGAACAAUAGAAUAUGCAUUUGGAGAGUAAGGGAGUUCCAUGGAUUCGAGUGACUGACAAACAUAUCCAGUUAGAAAUUUGUGCUCUUUUUUGUCAUUGAUUUGUGCUCGGACCACUAUACUUGACAUUAUACUUCAGACAAAACUUAAAAAGAUAAGCAUUAAACCUAUUGUGCUGUUAACAACGUUAGUGGACACUUGUAAGUCUAUCAGUGUUAAAGUAUUUGUAAAUAGAAGCAAGUUAUUAUUAACAACUUUUGUGUAUUUAUAACGUUCACCUAAAAUGUUGUAACAUAAUUCCGUGUUUUAUGGUUGCUUCUUUCCUUUUUAUUUUUUUAAUUUUCUCUUUCUUGUUAUUUUUGUUGUUUCUUUUAGUGAUGAUGUUUCUGCGUUAGUCGUCUGUCUGACACACAUUGUUCAAGGAUCUCAAACUCCGUGUUUAAAAAAGGUUCUGGAAUCUUGCUUCUUGUAUGAUAGCUCAUUAUACUGGAAUUCUGUAAAAAAAUAAAGAGAAAAAAAUGAAAACUUUAAACAGAAAAAAACUACUGCAAAAGUGUGAACUUCAGAACCUUUUCUUGACAUCUUUUUUUUCAAAGUAGGAAAAAGUAAAAUCACUUAAUUAGUAGCACUAAGUGAGAGACUAAUGGGAAGAUGUUAUCCUUCAGAAAGUGAUAGAAUAUCCUGUGCUUGUCAUUCAUGCAAAACUAACGUAUCAAAAUUAGCAUAUAUUGAAGAAAAAAAUCAUUGUUGAAAAAUAGUUUCAAUUGGGCAACUGUGUGUCUGCAACUUUGUUGAAAUGACAGAGUUUGUGUUGAUCCUCAUAUACGAUAAUGUUGUUGUAACACAAGUGUUAUUAGACCAUAGCCACAAAAUAUUUAAUGUGUUGUGCCUUCAUGAUGUAACAGAACAUUCUCCAGGUAGGCUAGUUGGGGGAAAUAAAGGGAUAAAUCUCUAAUUAUUGCUGUUUAACUGUUUGUUAUCAUAGUUGGUCAAUGCCUGGCAGGUACCAGCAUCUCGUCACUUAGGUCAAAACAACAGAGUGACGACUAAUGUUAAUACGAUCUCAGUUGCACGUGCAAACAAAUCUAAAUUGGAACAUUCUUAGGAGGUUUUUGUUAAGGCAUGACAGAUGAUUUAAACAAAUAAAUAGCAUGCAACCAAAUGUCUUUAUUGAAAGAAGUGAAAGUUAUCUUAAUGCCACGGUUCAACAUCAGUUUAAAGUAAAAAAAUAAAUAAAUAAAUAAAAAUUAAAAAAAAAAAGUUUUGCUAAUCUGAUAGUUAAUUUGUUCUUACCAAAAAUAAAAUUACUUUGUAAAUAGCAGUUCACUUUUUCCACAGUAUAAUGAAUAAUGGGUAGGGGUGCAUUGCUUAUUGCAGUACAUUUUUGUGGUUUGUGAGGGGUGUUUGAUGACUUUGACAGAAUAAAUAUCUAAACAAUUAUCCUUGUUACUGCUUUGCCAGUUCUACAUUAUUUACAAUUAUUCAGCUCUUGCAAUAAAUAUUCUGAAUUCCUGA